AUGGCUGACCCGUUUUACGAACUCCUGGCGCCCUACUUUGAUUCCGUCGACACUCGCUCGCGCCCACCCCCUCCAACUUCAGAUUCGGUCACGUCCAAGUACCUCAACUACCUAUCGACACUUUCGCUAUCCUCACUGACGUCAACAGAGCCCCGGUCUCUUUCACAAUCCUCUCACUCCGCCCUAGUUUCGCUGCAGGCUCUCUCGAAUCGGUCUCAUAAAUCAUUCGUCACAGCGGCAGAUCACCUCUCCUCUCUCCGCUUUUCAAUACCACAAAUUGCUACAGAGGUGCGGCGGCUUCAACAUGGGAUUCCAAAACUGGAUGAAGAGGCUGUGCAUUUCUCCUCCAUCUACAACAAAAGCGUGGAAAACCCGAUGUUAGAUGGCAGGAAGAAGGCAAUGCAGCUGCUGAGGAAUGUGGACCGACUGUCCGAUAUAUUAGAGCUGCCCACCCUCCUUUCUACAGCGGUGUCUUCCUCAUCCGCUAAUGUUGGAACUACUGGGGCAUCGAACAUGAAUUAUUCUUCUGCCUUGGACCUGUUUGCGCACAUAAAACGAUUACAGACUCUCUACCCUGAUUCUUCGCUAGUUAAAGAUAUCACUCGACAAGCGGAAGAGGUAAUGAAGGACAUGACAAGCAAUCUUAUUGCCGCGCUUCGAGUCCAAAAUAUAAGGCUUGCUGCAGCCAUGCGAACUGUUGGUUGGCUCAGGCGUGUCGCCCCGGAGUUAGAGGAUACUAGUUAUAGAGAAACGCCUGCAAUGAAUAGUGAGGGAGCAUUUGGAGCACUAUUUUUAGUUUGUCGGCUGGCAAAUUUAAUAUCAAUGCUUGAAGCUCUUGAUCCGCUGAGAGAACUUGCAGACCAAGAAACACAGAGAAGGCUACAAGGCAAUGGGAAACAAAUAAGCUCAUCCACUACCAGCAAUGCUUGGCCCGCGGGUCAGCAAACGGAAAGAUUUUUGAAAAGAUAUAUUGAAAUCUACCGAGAACAAAGCUUUGCAAUAGUUUCCAUGUACAAAAACAUAUUCGCGCCUACACCGUCGGAAUCUACCCUGGUAUCCACAAGCGUGCCCGGUUUAGAUCUGCGGGAUCUGAGCCUCCAGACUAAGCAGGGAACAAAUUUGCGGAAAACCCCGGACCUUUUACCAUGUUUACCUCCCGCACUGGCGACGUUUCCGAUGCAUCUAGCACAGCUCUUGACAGAGACGUUGAAGGCGUACCUUCCAAAUGUCAAGGACAAGAGCUCACGAGAAAGCUUGCUUACUCAAGUGCUGUAUUGUGCUGGCAGCUUGGGCCGGCUGGGGGGAAAUUUUAGUAUGAUACUGUCAUUCCUCACUGAAGGGGAUGGUGAUAUGGAGGAUGAGGAUGUGAUCGUUCCUGAAUGGGAAGAAGUUAUGAAGAAGCACCGUAUAUUGUCAGAACGGCUGGAUCAGCUAACAUCCAGCGGGGCUGAUAAUGAGCCGAAAAUAAUCUCUCGGGUGGCAUCGCCCUCAACCUAG